AUGGUCAGAUCAAAAUCUGCAGAACCGAACCAGAAGGCUGUAGUCGAUCGACUCCCAUCUAUAAGUGGAUGGAUGACCGAGCGCAAUGCAUUUCGCAUACUAUCUGAUAUCUGCAUACAAGGAUACAGAGAUCAUGGGCAUCGGAUUGGUGUGAUACGGGGGCCAGAUUUCAGUAGUCUUGAUGGAGGCCUUAUCUUCGAUCCUCCAGAGGGAUUUCCUAUGAAUAUGGACCCUUCUGCUGUAUGGUCCUGGGUCAAUAAGCAUCGCCAAAAGGACAAUCUGCAGAUCGUACCUAUCGACAUCAAGCUCAGCAUUAGUACUCGAUCAGCUCGGCAAAUUGCUCCUAUAUUUAUUGUUGCGCCACCUGGGAAUAGCGAAAUUUUAUGCAUAUUACCUGUCAACAGCUACACAGCCCUACAUGCGAACACAAAAUUGGAAUACCAGGACUCCCAUACUCUUGUCAAAGAUGAGUCGAUCAAAGCACACAGAAUGCGGCCGCGUGAGCCUCUACACAUUAGCACUCUUUUAGCGCCCUUUGCAGUACACCGGUGUGAUCUCUUUGAAGCACUGUUGAGACUGAAAGAUGCGUUCAAGGGCCAAACGACAUACACCAACCCGUCUAAUGGUGUUGUAAUGCGAGGUUGGACGCCACCAUUACCUGAUUGCAGCCCCGAAAAGCUGAUGAUGAUAUUGGGGGAACGUCAGAAGUUUUCUGCAACCACCAUCCAAGAACUUGCUCAGCUACUACGCGCUCAGCCAGAAUUUCAACUGGAGCUAUUAUUCAACCUUAUACAGCCCCUAAGUUGCGACUUAAUACUUCGAGACAAAAAGUCAUCUACGGUGUACCUUAUUGAGCACAAGACGACUACAUCACGGGAAACAAAAUCUGAUAUUGUUACUCUACGGCCAGCACCGGAAUGGGCCGACUAUAAACUCAACUGGAAUUUUCUUCUUCAUCAACAGGGAGACUGGCUUGCAAUUCACACACGAGAGGGACAUAAAGCUAGAAGUAGUACGCCAGCAGUCCGUGUUAAUAUUAGAAGUCCUGACGCAAUCUCUACUUUCGCUCGUACAAUACAGCAAACGACCGCAACACAAAAGCAGAGCACACGCACCAUUACAGCACGGAAAGAGCUUUUCCGCAUAGCAUUCUGCGAUGCCAUCAACGACCAAUGCUACAAGCUGGGAAAAAAUGCUUGCAUAAUUCUGGAAGGCAAUGCUUGUGGAGACGCAGUGAUGGUCCGGCACGAUUGGACGGAGCGGGACACGGCUAGAUACAAAGCGAACAGAACGCUCCCUGUGUCUCUCGUGGGAGGUAUACGAUCUGGAUCUCUCAGCGCUCUCGUGCUAAGAUUUAUCGCGCAUAACUGGCCGCCCCGGGUUCCGCCUUCGCAAAUAUUUGAACCAACGCGCGUUAGGACUAUUGAGAUACCACUAUGCAUGAGCCAGCCCUUUAUCUACGUUGCUGCUACAAUCAGCUCUCCAUCUAUAGAUGGUCAGCCUAUUCUCGAUCAACCCAUCCUUCUACCUUCUGGAGACACAAAUUGGCUAGUCAAGUAUAAAGGGUGUAAAGUAUGCGACAGUGAGAUAAGAACUAGGAAUUGGAGGCCAGUCAUUCAAACACUUGGGGAAGGCCAGGGAGCGGGCCAGCCCGGAAGCUCGCUCAUACAACUACCCUUUCUGAAGCAAGACGCGGAACCACUUUGCCACGUUUAUGCUUUUUCCAACGGCUCAGUACACCAGCAUUUCGAUAAUCUUUUGUGUGAUCAAGGUUCACAUUAUGUCACCCCAAUCUAUGGGCCAAAUGGACUCCUUCAACGCCAGUGGAACCACGGUAGCCCCAGAAUGCAAAACACUGGCUCUUCUGCAACUCAUACGAUGAUGUGCCGAGUAUUGACAACCCUUCCACCGAACACACAGCCGAUGGCUACUGAUCACGUUGAAUCUAUAUACAACGAGAAGAAGAGAUGCAUUGUCAAAGAGAGAGAUUGCACGGAGAGCAGAGCAAAGGAUUUCUCACACCAGGCCAUGAUCGGCGAUGACAAUUACGGUAUGCCCUUAGCGGAUAUCAUGGCGCAGUCCGCAUUCAAAACAAAGUACGUCCUGCGAUGCGAUUAUUGCGAAGAUGAAAAGAGCUGUCGCUUCUAUAUCCCGGAGAUUGCUUACAGCCGCAAAGUGAUUCCUACAUGUAUUGGCUGUUACGCUAGCAAACACGCUUGCACGUUUCAUGGCGUCAUGUGCCUUGCAACCAGUGUUUUGCUGAUAGAAAGGUGUGCGACAAUCGAGUUGAGUGUAUACGAGAAGCUUGUAAGAAUGGAAGCGAGCCCGGCGAUGAAUCAAAUUGCCACAAGGAUUGUGACCUGGCCCACGACGACGAUGGGUACACUAAUUUCAAGAGCGAUUCGAAUUCCGUAUAUGAGAAGGGAAAUAGUUUCUUUUAUCCGUGACGGAAGCCCAGCGGUUGACUCUGGAAAGAUCACCUGGCCCGCACACUGUCCUGGCAGCGAUGGAGAGUCGAAUAGCGGGGAGCUUUUCGUUGAAGGGCGUAAAGUUUGCGCGCGCAGAGGGCAAUGCAUAACGAGCGAAAAGCUCUACAACACACUACGUGAGUACUUUCUAGGCUCAUGUUCACACGAGCCAUGGCACGCUUUAAGACUCAAAGCUCUUGCAGCUAUCCAUCGGGAGAGGAGAGCUGGUGAGAAGUAUACAACAUCGUUUUGGCGCAAAAUACAGGAAAAGGUUGACGGACCAGAAAGCAUUCCAGCUAUGGUGGAGAAAUAG